AUGUUCCAUGCGUUGGAGAGAAGAUGUGAGCAGGAACAAGUGGCGCAGCUAUUCCCGAAUAUUCUGAACGAAAAUGUGUUGAUCGAUGCGCUGGAAAACACUGAAACGCUCAAAGUUUGUUUUGAGCGACAUGAAAACAUGACAAACAACAAAAAUGGGUUUUCAGGGCCAUGGGGGUUGUGUGAACACUUUGCGAUGGAAUAGAUCGGGUGCACUUUUGGCGUCGGGAUCCGACGAUCGCCACGUCAAAAUCUGGAGGGCCGGAGUCGAAAAGGUCGAUAUUGAGACUCAGCACGAGGGAAAUGUGUUCGCCGUCGAGUUUCUGCCCUCCUCGAACGACAGAGUUCUGGUGACGGGUGCCGCCGAUCACGUCAUUUUCAUGCACGAUCUCGAGACGAACACGGCGAAACGAUGGGAUUCCGAGGGAAGAAUCAAAAGGAUCUGCACCGUUCAGCAGGAUCCCUUCUUGUUUUGGGCCGCUUCCGAGUACGACAAACGUGUCAUGUAUGUGAAAAUCUGAAAAAAAACGAGUUCGAAAAUGAUUAAUUGCAGUGAACUCGAUACUCGCAUCGGCGACCCAGUCACUGUUGUUCAGCCAGGACCCACAAAUCCGCACAAACGACACGUCAAGUCGGUGGCCGUUUCCGAGGCGAAACCGAAUUUGCUUGCCGUUGGAUUCGACGAGACCGCCGUUCGAUUGUACGAUCGACGGAAGUUCGACGAGCCCAUUCUCAGUUUCGCACAGCGUAUUUUGAAAAAGUGGAUAAUCUAGCAAAUAAUUCUCGUUUUUCAGUGGAUGCCGAGUACGAUUCAUAUCACGCAACGCACGUGGCUUUCAACAAACUCGGCACCGAAGUGGUCGUGAAUCAAGGGCACGGCGGCGGAGUGUUCGUAUUCUCUUUGGAUUCUUCGAAAGAUCCGAACGUGAUGCAAAGAAUGCACAAUGUGCUGGGGCAGCCGAGAGAGACCACAAUAUAUUCGGCGGCUCUACCGCAUCCGGAACUCCGACAGGUCGGAAGCGACGCGAUAAAAGAGAGACACUUCUCGCGAGCCAUCGAUUACUACGCCCAGUUGAUACGCGAUAACUAUCCAGAUCGCGCAUUCCGCAGCAUCUGCCACUCAAAUCGAGCCAUGGCCUUCUUGCUCCGUCGAUCUCGCGGUGACACGUAUGCCUGCAUUCGCGAGUCCGUCAAAGCGCUGGAAAUCCAUCGGGGAAACACGAAGGCGCUGUUCCGUUUAAUCAAAAGUCUCAGCUCGAUGGAGCACGUCGUGUUGGCAAAGAAGUGUUUGGAGACGUACAAACAGUGGUUUCCGAACGAUCAGGGCGUCAUCGACAGACUAACGGAGGAGAUCGCGCAGAUCAAGGAAUCGGAUGGGCAGCCGGAACUGCAGCAGGCGGAGGGGUCCGUGGAUUAUGUGCAGAGGUUCACGGGAAGCACCAACCAUCAGACCGACAUCAAAGAGGCCAACUUCUUCGGAUCGCGUGAUCAGUUCAUUGGUAAGCUAAUUCAUCCCAGAUAUAUCUUUUUCCUGUGUUUCUUUUCAGUGGCCGGUUCGGACUGUGGUCACAUGUACAUUUGGUCGCGCGACACGUCGAAACUGCUGGGAAUCUGGAAGGCCGACGAUCACAUUCUCAAUAUUUGCCAGCCGCAUCCCGAUCUGUUUCUGCUCGCCACCUCCGGCAUCGAGGACGACAUCCGUUUGUGGAGCCCGCAAUUGGAGCGUGCCGACGAGUACGUCUCCCGAAAAGUCGCCGAUCCGUACGAGUUCAUGGAGAAGAAGAGCGAGAUGGGCGGCUUUAACGCCGCACGAACGCAAAUGCAGCUGCUCGGUCUCAUGAGAGAGUCUCCGCAGUGUGUGCAAUCCUAA